AUGCCAGACACCCUCUCCUCAAGCACAUCCGCCCUCUCCACAGCAAGCCUCUCUCCACCCCCCUCACCCUCUCCAACCAGCAUCCCCGCCCUAGUCUACCGCGUCCACCGUCCCAGCAGUCAAACCCGGUACACGCCCACCACAGGCUUCAGCGCAAAAAACCACACCACAAUCCUAAACCACACGUCCUGCCUCUCCCGCUUCAGCCUCGCACACCUCAACCAGCAAACAAACAUCUCCUCCCCCUUCAUCAGCGUCUAUGACAACCGCGCCCACGCCGACGCCGUGGCGAAUUACUUUGCCCGUAGCUAUGGCGAGGACACAUGCGUCGUCACAGUCGAUACGAGACAUUUAGCUCGAGGCCCAGUGUUUCGUGCGAAAGAUUUGUUGAAGGAGGGUAUGGGCGGUACGGACGAGUGGUUGCAUUGGGGCGAGUAUUUGGUCAUGUAUAGGAUUCCGCCGCAGGCGAUUCGCGAGGAGGUCAAGGUGGGUGGGGGUGGGGGGUUGAGCUGGGAAGGUGUGGGUGUGGGCGCUGGUGUUGUUGGCGGUUCUGGUGAGGGGCCGAGACGGUGUCGUGUGGAUAUGUUUGGUGGGGGUGAGGAGAGUGUGCCGGUGGAGUGGAGUGAGUAUCGGGAUGGGAACUCGAUCGCACUAACUUUGGAGUACACGUUCAACGUAAACUUGAUCGUGAUUCGAUUCAUUGUAGAUAACCUCCUGAGUCUUCGGGCCGAUGCUGGCUUCUACACAACUGCAUUGCAGAGCGUUCUUCCCACUGGCGUCAAGGAUAAGAUAAUACUCACCGGCAUGUACUUUGCCUUCUGCAUUGGCUCCGUUGGACUGGUCUAUUUCUGUCUUUUUGAGGUCAAGUAA